CCUGCAAUCCUCGUCUUCCAUUUAUAUACCCACCAACCUCAUCUCUCCCUUCUUCGACCUCCCAGAAAUUAAUCAAUUCCUCCGUAACACACAGUGAAUUACGAUUAUCUGGAAUUAGGGUUUUGUCUCUUCACUCUGAAAUCGCCGAGGUUUCUUUUCUUUUUUUUGCAGCCAUGAAGGUCCAUCCCAUGCCGAAGAAGAGAAACAUCACAGUCCGAUACGACAUCGCGUCGGCUCUUUCUCAGUCGGAGACGGUGGUGGGGUUCCGGCAGAAGAAGCUCCGGCGACUUCCCCACAUCUUCGCCAAGGUCCUCGAGCUGCCCUUCCACUCCGACGCCGACGUCUCGGUUGAGGAGACCCACGAUUCAUUCCGAUUCGUCGUCCCGACCGACGACGUCGCCGGAGGGAACAUCAGGGCCCACACCGUCCAGAUCUACCCCGGCGUCACGAAGAUCGUAAUCCGCGGGGACAGCCUCGUAGACUUUCCCCUUGCGGAGCUGGAGCUCGACCUGUGGCGAUUCCGCCUCCCGCCGUACACUCUGCCAGGCAUGGCCAGCGCCGCUUUUAGUGACGGCGAACUGGUGGUCACCGUCCCUAAAGGACCGCACCAAGAAGAGGACGGCGACGAUGAGCGGCUUGUAUUUGUACAGUAAUCCUUCAACAAUCACUUAUUUCUUUUUCAGCCCUUCUUAAGCUUCAAUUGUGGCUCCAACCCCGGUAAUGGAACCAAAAAUAUUAAUUAAUUAAUUAAUUAUAUUAUCAUGGUUAAAUGAAACGUGACUUCUCUUUAAUUAAUAAUACCCAGUAUUAAAUCUUAAUCAAUCAAUACUCCAUAU